CGCCUAUAUGGGCACGGCCAAAUAUUUCCAGGAUGUGCAUUUACGUUUUUGUUUAUCUCCACCUGAUCUCCGCUGAGCAAGGCGAAGCGUGUUAAGGUAAAGUAGCGGUCUGCCUUACCCUGUAAGAGGAAUGGAUGCAACUCAGAUGAUCAGUGACUCAAUCUUGGAGUCAGAUGACGAAGAAAAUGAAGAGGAGAAUAGAGAGAAGAGGGGACGACCAUUGGCUAAACUGUGCAUCUUAAAAAAUGAACACAUCCCUGAGGGUGAGUUGCCCCUGUUUUUGGGAGAUAAUGUGCUUGGCCGUGACCCCAACACCUGCACCCUACCUUUGCUAGCACCCUCAAUAUCCAAGCAGCACGCUACCAUAUGCAUCUCUGUCUACCGGAAGAAAGGUUGUCACAGUGAAGUGGACACAGAGGCUUUGGUUUGGGACCUAGGGAGCAUGAAUGGGACCCGCAAGGGUCGCUUAAAGCUGACCCCUAAUGUACGCUAUGCUCUCAGUGAAAGUGACAGUUUGGUGAUGGCAGACAUCCCAUGUAAGUAUGUCAGCUGUGCUGUAGAUGGAGCCUCUUCUCAAGGGGGGGUGAGGACUCCUGUGAGCAGAAAUUCAGGGGUAAAUGUAAGGUUACCAGAUGCCUCAGCAGAAAAGGGGGGUUACACAAGCACAGGGAGCAAGAAAUGUGUCAAUGGUCGUUGCCUGUCUUUUGAGCAAACUCUAACCCAGCCUCAGAGAACCCUGGUUCCAGAAUCUGACUCGGACUCAGAAGGAGAAAGAGAGGGAGGAGGAGAUAGAAGGCACAAGGCUCUAGUUUCCGAUUCUGACUCCUAUAAAUCCAGUCCCACCUGUUCAACUUUCUUGAGUCCCACAAACAAAAUUGUCCCUGAAAGUGAGGAUGAAAGCCCCAUCACACCGUCCUCCACUAAAAAUAGGCCGAAUGUAGAUGUUGGGCGACGGCAACUGAAUGAAAAAAAGGCACUUGCGAUUGUGGACGACAGUGAAAAGGAGGAGGGAAGGGAGGAAGAAAGAGCAGCCCUAGGAGGGAGAAAGUCUGAAGAAAGUGGACACCAUGUGCCAGUGGAGCAGGAAAGCAAUGUCAGUCUUACAGGAGUAGAUGAAUUGCCUGUAUCUACACCGGCAGUCGUCACACAUGUGAUUCCUGCAUUUAACAUGGACAGUGACACAGAUAUGGAGGGAGAAGAGGAAGGGGUGGCAUCUGUGGGUCCUGUGACCUCAAAUACAAACCAACAAGCUGAUCAGCCACCAAACACAGCUCACUUCCACAUGGACAGUGAUACAGAUGUCGAUGAUGAUGCCUUAGACAAAGUUCCUAAAUCAGUGCCUUUCUCUGCUGACACCACCAGACCUCCUAAUGUUGGUUCAGUUAUUCAGCCAGAGGGCAUCACUAUGGACAGUGACACUGAUGUGGAUGAGGAUGCUGUUGUGUCAGAUGCUGCUACAAAAGCAAAGCCCAUGUCAUUUCAGAGCACACACACAGCUGACUCUGCUCCUUCAAGUCAGCUGAAAGAUUUCCACCUAGACAGUGACACAGAUCUUGAUGAGGAAGAAGAAAAGGAAUGUGGAACAAAUACGACAUGCCCUAAAAUAAAUGAAACUCCGACUAGAUUAGAUAUCAAGCCAUUUGUUCCUGAACACGCCACUGCCACUCCUCACAACCUGCAUCUAAACAGUGACACAGAUGAUGAAGCUAUUCCUGCCCCUGUCAUCAGUAAACCCUCUGUGGUGUCUGAUCUCACAGAAUCAUGCACCACUGCAGACACAGGGGCUGAUUUGGGUAUUCUGUCUGACAGUGACACAGAUGUGGAAGAUAAUUCUCCUCUGGUUGUACCUGUUGUUGUCACAACCUUGUCAGUUGCUCCUCAUGCCAAGUCAGAAGCAUUUCAGUCAGAUUCUAAUGCAGACACAGAUGUGGAUGAAUCCAGUGAGCCCCCUGCCGGAGACGUGGCCAAUCUAGCUGACCUUAGAGUGGACAGUGACACAGAUGUGAAAAUGAAGAAGUUGGAUUUUGGAGAGGCAGGUGAGGGCCAGAUCCCUAGCCUGCGCAGAGAAAAUACACCUGGGUUGCUGGCUCCCGUUCUGCAGAACUGCUCUACUCCUUCACCAUUGUCAGAAGGAGAAAUUGAAGGUAUGGAGACUCAGGCUUUCCUGGCUCCAUCUACAGGUCCUUACUCAAGACGUUUAGUAGCCCCUGCUGUAAGACCUAUAGGAUUGUCUUCCUGCUCAGACAGCCAGGAGGAUGAGGACUUUGUCGUGGCUGAGACGCAGUCCUUCGUUCUUCAGACCAGAGACUGUGAGGGCAACCCUCCGGGGGAUCACACCAUGGAUCCCACCCAAUCAUUUGUCAUUGAGUCUUCUGGGGAUGAAAAAGGCGAACAGUCCAGCAGAGGAGGGUCUUUACAGUUGGGAUUGUCAGACAGCAGCCACAUGCAGCGUCAGGCUCAAGCUCUAGCAAUGGAAAGCACUGAGGCUUUUCCCUUUGUGGAAGGGGCAGUGAAUCUUGAAGACACCCAAGCAUAUGCAGCUAUCUCGAAUGCAGACAGAACCUCCUGUGAGAAUGAUUCAAAUCUGGAGGCCACACAGGCCUAUGGAGAGCAUGUGGAACCUGUCAACUGUUCAGUCAUGUCUGAAAAGGAAGUUCAGGUAGAUUUGGCCCUAGAAGCAACACAGGCAUACAUUUUAGAGCCCUACAGUAAUUCAGAGGAUGAAACAGAUGAAGAUGAGAGAAUAAACACUGCUACUGCUGAGCCUCAGCCUUUAGACUUUCCCACCUCAUCUACUCUUGCCAUGGCUGAAACCCAACCAAUGUCUGCCUUUGAGGAAGAGGAAAUUUUGGAUCAAGAAAAACCUGUUUCCUCUGUAUUACAAGUUAUGCCCAAACAGAAUGACACAGAAGAGAGGGAUGAACAUGGGGAGGCAGCUCUACCUCAGGAGAGGCACCUCAAUGAAGCUCCUUCGGUAGCUGAAACUCAGCCCAUGCGUACAAGUGAUGAUGAAGUGGAUACAGGUGAGGUGGGAGAAAGUGACAAUGAGGACUCGAUUCCCGGUCCACGAAAAGGAAAAGCGAAGCCACCGCAGCUGGAAGAGGAGCAGACACAGCCACUCACUAGCUUUGAACUCUCUGCUGUUGAAACACAGCCUAUGCUCACUGGUGAAGACGGGGAAAGUGAUGAUGAGGACUCAAUUCUAGGUCCUCACAAAAGAAAAGCAAAGCCACUGCAGCUGGAAGAGGAGCAGACACAGCCCCUCACUAGUUCUGAAACUCAGCCCAUGGCUACAAGUGGAAAUGAGGAAAGUGAUGAAGAGGAUUUGAUUCCAGGUCCACGAAAAAGGAAAGCAAAAGCACUGCAACUUGAAGAAGAGGAGACACAGCCCCUCAUUAUUUCAGAAAUCUCUGCUGUUGAAAUGCAGCCCACAGGUGAAGGUGGGGGAAACGAUAAUGAGGACGCCGUUCCACAUACAAGUAAAAGAAAAGCACUGCAAAUGCAAGAAGAGGACACACAACCGCUCACAAAUUCUGAGGCCUCCACUGUUGAAACUCAGCCUUUGGAAACAAAAGCAGGUCUGUGUCCUCAGAGGGGAAAGGGGAGACAAUUAGAAGCUGGAGCCAGUGGCAUCACUAUUAGAGGUAAAAGAGGGACACCAGCAAAAUUAAGAGAAGAGAAGGUGGAGGCGGAGUGUUCUGAACCUUCCAAGAGACAGACAAGAGGGAAGAGUAACGCUUUGGCAACUUCCAGAGGAAGCAGAGGAAAAUCAAGGCCUGAAGAGAGUGAGGAAGAGGUGGAGGUAGAGCAGGGUAAGAGAGCUAGAGGGAAAAAAUCCAUGAGGCGACAGAAAGAUGGUGAGGAAGAAAGGCUUGGAACAGAAAGAAACGAGCAUGCUGACAAUAACACUCUUAUAAAGGAACAAGAAGAAGAGCAAUUGGGAGAGGAGAAAGAUAGGGAAAGGAAGGAACUAGAACACCAAGCAAGACUGGAGAAGGAAGCAAAGGAAAGGGAAGAAAGAGAAAAAUUGGAGAAAGAAAAAGAGGCCAAAGAAAAACAAAUAAAAGAGCAACAAUAUAACAAGGAAGAAGAAGAAAACAAGCCCAAAACACCCGCAAGAAGUCGAAGAACCAGAAGAACAAUUGCUGCCCCGUGUACAUCAGAGCUGGACUCAGCUAUAUCAACCAAUGAUGAUGUCCCAGCAAGAAGAACUAGAUCUCGCUCCAACUCUUCCAACUCUGUCAGCUCUGAGAGGUCUGUUUCGAGUGUUAACACCAAGCAGAGCCGGGGGAGAGGCCGGGGGAGAGGAGCAAAGAGGUCCAGUGAGCUGCCCCAGGCAGCCAUCGGUAGAGGCAGCAAUAGGAGGAGCACGGUGGCUGCAAGGCCAUUAGAACUGGACAGCAAAGAUGUUUCUCCUCAAGAAGUCCUUUCGAGGUCUAACUCUACCAACUCCCUCAGCUCCGAGAUUUCCAGCUGCAGCCUGAGCUCUCAGAGCAGAGGAAGAGGAGGCAGGCAGCGAGGAAGAGGAAGGAAAACAGAGGCAGCCACCAUCCCUCCGAUCAAUAGUCAGUGUGAUCAGAAUUCAGCUCCCAAACCUGCAACCACGGGCAGGAAGAGCAGGAAAGCAGAGGAAUCCUCUAAUGAGGUUCUCAAUGAAAAUGAAAAGGCAGACUCUCAGCAGGCUAAUACCACAAGAGGGCAGCAGCGAGCCAAUGCAAAUGGAUCACAACCUGCAGCUGCAGGUGAGGAAGACCCCUCAAAUCAGGAGGAGGAAUGUGCCAGUGAUGAAUCAAUUCUGCCCAUAACGAAUGUCAGGGGCAGAGACCAGAAAGCAGUAAAAAGCAAUACUGUGGAGGCACCACUACCUCCUGCAGUCAGUGAUGGAGAAGGUGAUAAAGAGAAAACUAAAGGAAGAAAAAGAGAGUUGGAUGCAAAUACAGAAGAGGAUUCCAGCAGUAACUCUAAGAUUUCUAAGGGGAAGGAGAAACUCCAAAUAACAGAAGCAGCAAAAGAUGGAGCGAUAGAUGAGACUCCUCUCCAAGCUAAGAGAAGAGGUAGAGCAUCCACUGCUCACGCAAAGAAGAAUGUAAAAGAUUCCCCCACUGCACUGGAGGGGAAAGAAGAGAGUGAGAAGAUUGAGGAGGCUGUUGAGAGGAGAGGCAGAGGUCGGCCAUCAGCGGUCCAAAAAAAAAAGAAAGAGGUGCAGAAAGAAAGUGGAACAUCUCUUGAGCAGGAUACAGAGGCAUCAGAGCACAAGACUCCAACCAGCAGUGUGUCCCGGAAGCGACAGGCUUCUGCAGACUCCUCACCUGUGGCGAAGACCCCUCGCUCCUCCUCCGCUUCCCCAGCAGCUAGUGGUCGAUUGCGAAUUGCCAGCCAAACCUACAAGGUGCUGUUCACAGGCGUGGUGGAUGAAGUAGGGGAGAGAGUGUUGGCUCGUUUGGGAGGCAGCAUGGCUAAAGGCGUGGCAGACAUGAAUUGUCUGGUGACUGAUAAGGUGCGCAGGACUGUCAAGUUCCUGUGUGCGGUGGCUAAAGGAGUCCCCAUUGUCACCACACACUGGCUAGAAAAGAGUGGUAAGGCUGGGAGCUUCCUGUCUCCUAAUGCUUUCAUUGUGAAGGAUCCGGAGCAGGAGAAGAAGUUCAAUUUCUGUCUGCAGGAGUCUCUGAGGAUUGCUAGCAGUCAGCUUCUCUUACAGGGAUAUCAGAUCCAUGUUACAAAGUCAGUGAAACCAGAGCCAAUUCAAAUGAAAGACAUUAUCACCUGCAGUGGAGCGACCUUUCUUCCCAAGGUGCCCUCUUCUCACAAGCCUCACACUGUAGUGAUUUCCUGCGAGGAGGACCUGCCCCUGUGUGGCCCAGCUCUCUCUGCAUCUCUCCCAGUCGUCACUGCUGAGUUCAUUCUCACAGGGACCCUUCAGCAGAAGCUUGACUUUCAGGCCCACGCACUCUCUGCCACUACAAGCAGUCUGCCAACUGCAGGAGGCAGAGGAAGGGGCAGGAAGAAGACUUAGUAACACCAGGGUAAAUUGUAAAAAAGACUUGUCACUGUCUGUGGGGAGGUUUUCCAUCGCUCAUAGAUUCUUUUUCAAAUUAGAGACCAGGAGAAACUAGUGAGUCAGUUCUGUGUUUGUAUAAAAAGACUUGAAGAAUGUAUUUGCCACAUACAGCAAAAUUUGAUUGUUCAUUUGCAUGUUCCUAAACACAAUGCGUGUAAUUUUACUGUGCUGUCAAAUGUUAAAAACUAAUUUUACAUGUACACCAUCACGUUUUGAAAGAGAGCGAUAGAAGAAACACAAUUCAACUCUCAGAACUCUAUUCUUACAAUCUUAUCGUUUGCCUUGGACAUGUGUAGAAAACGUAGUUUUUAAAGAUUCAAAACCUUAAAGCGAUGUUACUGCUACGCAGGGUGGGAAAUAAUUACCCAUUAACCAUCCUUGUCACUUUUCCCCUCUCAUCCUCCCCUGUGCUCCACUUGUCUCUUUGCACAGCAAUAACAGGCAGAGCAGGAAUUAACGCUGCUAAAUUGCUGCUGCACUGAAUGUGUGAUAAGUGCUUCAAGUCAGACAGUUUGGCAGGUAACCAGCCAUGAAUUGGGAGUUGUGUAUAAUCAUGUUUGGGUGGUGAUAUAGUGGAACCGAUGGGGUCUGUUUUGUAAUCCAUGAGCUAGGGUGGUCAGUAAAUGGGGGGGAAAAAAGCUUGUUUCCUGUCCCGAUAAGAAGACGUGUGUUGUGCCUUUUAUAGUGUGUCUGUUGUUCCUCUGGCUCCAUUAACCACCACCACCUACUCUAUUAAGGCUUCAUCCAAUCCUAUUACCUCCAGGGGAUGAGACGCACAUAAACGCACCUGAAUGCUGAUGCUGCUUCUACAUGAAUAUCUUAGUGUUAGUGUUUGUCCUUGCCAUAUAUUUACCGACUGUGUGUUCAUUUGAUGUGAACUUGUCAUGUUGACAAAGACCAGUAUACAGAACAGAACAUUUGAUUUCCUGACCCACUGUAAAUCUUUAAACAUGCAACAUGCAUCAGCAUUGGUGUUUUAAAGACAGACUUGUAUAGCUUAUAACUAAAUUUGAUUUUAGAACUGUUAAAUAGCUAAUAUCUUAACACCAAGUUUAUUUGUAUCAAAGCAUGAAAUCUGUCUGUAUUCCCUUUGAAAACAUUAAACAUUUUCUAUUAUGUUAUAAUUGC